GCCAACACCUUCUUGCCAAAUCUCAUCAUCAUCCGUCCACCACAACCACACCGUACUGCGGCAAACAACCCAACUCAACCCCAACCCGGCACAAAACACACGAUACCACAUCUUCUCACCAGAAGAUUAAUACUUCUUCCUCGACCCUCUACGACUCGACUUGCGACCUUCCCCAGAUCAAACCCAAUCGAAACCGCCUCAUCGUCUCCGACGCCUCCUUGUGUCUUUUUUCUUUACACCUUCCACCCCCCUCAACACAGAAAUGGCUCUGAAGCGCAUCAACAAGGAACUGACGGACCUCGGUCGUGAUCCUCCCUCAUCAUGCUCUGCUGGUCCAGUCGGCGAGGAUCUGUUUCACUGGCAGGCCACCAUCAUGGGCCCUCAAGACUCACCAUACGCCGGCGGCGUCUUCUUCCUCGCCAUUCACUUCCCUACAGACUACCCCUUCAAGCCUCCCAAGGUUAACUUCACCACCCGCAUCUACCACCCCAACAUCAACAGCAAUGGUAGCAUCUGCUUGGACAUCCUGCGUGACCAAUGGUCUCCCGCCCUGACCAUCUCCAAAGUUCUGCUCUCUAUCUGCUCCAUGUUGACCGACCCCAACCCCGACGACCCUCUCGUGCCCGAGAUCGCACACAUGUACAAGACCAAGCGAGACGAGUACGAGCGGACUGCGCGUGAGUGGACGCAGAAGUACGCCAUCUAGAGCUCUCAGCCAACCUAGACAGGUCGGAAGGGGCGCUCGGAUGGGGUGGUUGGAUGGACACAGGUUUCUGUUGUUGAGAGGCAGGGCCGAAGGGAUGAGGUUGGCGAGAUUUAGAUGUCGAGUUUACCCGAUGGACGGACACACGCGCACACACACACACACACACACACACACCCAUACCGGGGCGUCGAGACUUCCCUCGCCAAGAUUUUCUUAAGGACUGGCUUUACUAUGGCGUUGCAUUCCACACAUCUCGGGUUGCGGACAUUGGUCGGUUGCGACGAGGUGGGUUUCACUGUUCUCUGACAACACCACAACACAUCAUGACCUCGGGGAAAGGGGAUUACACGCAUGCAUUGCAGAUAGUCAGACAGCAUAAGGAAUCGACGUGGACAUUACAAUCAAUCACG